UGGGGUGGGCCAGGAGCACAGUUCUCGCGCCCUGUGCAACGUCCAGUUGGAGAGGACGCGCUUGGCUGGGUGAAACCUUGCCAGGCUCUCAGGGGUUUAAGUUAAGUUCACCCUCUCCAGCUGUCGGAGUAUUUCAGUGGAAAAGUUUGGAAAGUGCUGGAAGGAGUUAGAAAUCGGCCCUCCUUCCGAGGCCACCUGUAAUUUGUACCGCUGUGAGGCUGCGAUAAUCCUAAAACUCGUGGGGUGUUGACUCACCCUUUGCGGAGUUUUAAGGUGUCGGCGGGUUUCAGAUCUUUUAAUUUUCCUGGGCGAGAUGUUGCUUUUUUGCUGAAACUAAGAUCAGUGUUGGCCUUAAGUGAUGACCCUGGAGAGCUUGCAGUUUGGGGGCAAUGACGUUGAGAAACAAAGCGUCAAAUUCUGUUGUUCGUUUAUGAGGCUGCAGAUGAGGCUGCUUUGUUUCCACCGAGGGCAUUUUCUGGGGACAAUAAUCUGGGAGUAGAGGACUGUUAAUAAUAACCUUGGGAGUAGAAGUUAGACCGUCCAAAAGUAAGGAUGGUCCUCUUCAAAUAUUCAGCUAUCGAAUUUGAAAUUUGUGCUGAAAAAAAUGAAAAAAAAGUUCACUGGGGCUGUUUAGGUGAAUUUUUCAAUGGAAAACCUCUCUGUUAAUUGGCUCUUUUUAUAAACUUUAUUUUUAGGGAAUUCAGUAAAAUGAUGCCAUAUUAUGAACUCACCCUUUCGUUUUUCAGGUUAAGGCACUAUUACGUUAAAAGUAAGCCUGUUUUUCUCUAAAUUAAAAAAUAAAAACAGAAAAUAAUGUAUUGACGUAACUCCUUUUAAACAUUAUAUUAAGUGACCUGCCUAUUGUUAUUUCGUUGUGUGAAAGCUAAGUGUUUUGCAUGCGGGCGUCCGUUACUCCACCACAAAUUUUCAAAAUUCUCUUUUUAAAGUAUUUUCAUAUAUAUAUGUGUAUAUAUUUUAUUAUUAUUAUUUUUUAAUUAGGCGAGGCAGUGUUGAAAGGAUGUGAAACCCAAUAUGACUCUUUGUUUACCCAAGAGCUCAAGUUAGUUUCUCUUUCAGGUUUGUUUUUACGGUGGAGAAUGGUUAACUGGAAGGAAUGUAAGCUUCAGCUUGUGAAAGUAAAUUCAUUUCUCUGAAAAUAUGUUCAUUUUAGAAUAAAUUGGCAGUUUUAAAAUGUGUUUAUAUGACAUUAUUAUUUUUCGAGUGUCUUUGCUGAGCAAGUGGAUCUGGGAUAGCCAUAAAAUAUUGUUAAAAGUCUUGAAAUUUCUAGGAUACUUUUCCCGAUGAACUUUUUUCACUAUUUCAGAAAACAGAAUCAUUUUUUAACCCCUUUCCUGGAAAACCAUAUAUUACUUUAGAAAUAGCCCUUCCUUUUUUCUAAAGGGGGAGGGAAGGCCGACGUUUUUAUUAAGCAGACAAUUCUUUGUGUUUUCUAUAAGUUAGAUAUUUGAACGAACAUUGUACUGGAUACCAUUAAAAAGAACCUUUUGCUUUGACAGAUGAUCCAUAAACACAUAGUUCAUUUGAGGUGUCUUUCUUUUUUUCUCCCGAAGUUGGGAUGGUGUUUUUCUGGGCAGCUGGCAGAUUUUCAACACUUAUCAAAGCAUUUGAAGACAGAAGCAUAGCUACUUAUUUUCUAAUAAGCAGGAGUAUUUUCUAAAACUUUAGUAAUUUCUCUAUCCAAAGACACUUUAGUUGGUAAGACAAAACGUAUUUACAUGUGAGAGAAAAACAUAAAUGAAUUAUUUCGAGCACUUUUGAAAAUGCAGCAUUGUAAGAGAGAAUAAACAGAAUAUUAUUUUCAAAGGACUCGUCCUUUGUUAACCUCUCAAAAAGUUAAUGAAGUCAGCAUUGCUGAGUAUAAAUGUCCUAUAAAAUGUUCUACAGUGGUUUGUUAAUUAAUCCUCACUGCUAUGUGAUGAAAUGAUGGUUAUUUUUUCAAGCUCAGAUGAUCUGUGAUGCAGAAGGGAUGGGAGUUCAUUGCUUCAGGCUAAUUUGAGCUCUUAGCUUGUUUAGCAAUGGGUUUUUGGAUUUGUGCUGUCUUCCAUAAAAAAGACAUCAUAACUGACCGUCAGUAAGAAGGGUGAACUUGAACCUGUCCGUAGGAGGGAUGAGUUUGUCCUCAGUCGUCUACAUAUACUCAUCUAACUCUUUGUGAUUAUGAAUAUUCAUUGAGGACAUGGGUCUAGUAUUUUGGAACCAACGUAAGCUAACUGUCCUGUAAGGACAUCGAAUAGGUAGCCCUGAUUUCAGUCUCAUCUUGAUCUUCCCAGCUAAUGUUUGUUGGUUGCAUUUAUUCCACAAAUACUUUUAUUUGCCAAGUGCUGGAGAUAGAGUUUUGAACUAGACAGACGAGAUACCUGGUCUUAUGAAACUUAAGUUCUAAUGGUGAGCGUGGGGAAGAGAGAAGAUAAACAAAUAUGAAAUUUUCAAAUAGUAGAAUUACAAUAAAAUAAAACAUGAGACUGGAAUAGUGAUGGAGCCUGGGUGGAAGGCAGCUGUGAAGAGGUGACUUUUUUUUUUUGUAUAUAUCUGUGUUUAUUUUUUAUUUUUUUAAUUUUUUAAUUUUUUUUUUUUUUUCGGGAGAAUGGCCAGCCCUGAGCUAACAUCCAUUCGCCAAUCCUCCUCUUUUUGCUGAGGAAGAUUGGCCCUGGGCUAACAUCCAUGCCCAUGUUCCUCUACUUUAUAUGGGACACCACCACAGCAUGGCUUGACAAGUGGUGCGUCGCUGCGCCCGGGAUCUGAACCCGCGAACCCCAGGCUGCCAAAGGGGAGCACGCAAACUUAACCACUACGCCACCGGGCUGGCCCCUGAAGAGGUGACUUUUGAGUUGAGACCUGAAUGGUGAGAAAGAGUCAGUCAUUUGAAGAUCUGGAAGAUCAAAACGUAGAGGCCCAAAGGCUGCAGUGAGGUUGAUCUGUUCUGAAGAAUGGAUAGAAAGCUCGCGUGAAGAGAGAACAGCAAGUGAGAGGAUGGACGGCACAAGGUGGAUGAGUUCUGAUACCCGGUUUGCAAUUACAUUGAACAACAAGGAUGCCCUCACUGGAGAUGAAGAGACCUUGGCUUCAUAUGGGAUUGUUUCUGGGGACUUGAUAUGUUUGAUUCUUGAAGAUGCCAUUCCAGCACCUAACUUGCCUUCAUCCACAGAUUCAGAGCAUUCCUCACUUCAGAAUAAUGACCAACCCUCUUUGGCUGUCAGCUCCAGUCAAUCCAGCGUACAGGAUGAACAACUGAGUGAUUCAUUCCAAGGACAGGCAGCCCAGUCUGAUGUCUGGAAUGAUGACAGUACGUCAGGGCCUAGUCAACAUUUUGAAGCUGAGUCAAUUCAGGAUGUUGUGGACAUGGAAGAGGGCACGGGUUUCUACCCCGUAGAACCAAUGCUUUGCAGUGAGUCGGUGGAUGGGCAGGUGCCGCAUUCAUUAGAGACCCUGUAUCAGUCAGCUGACUGCUCUGAUCCCAACGAUGCCUUGAUAGUAGCCGUACAUCUGCUCAUGCUGGAGUCAGGUUACAUACCUCAGGGGACUGAAGCCAAAGCUGUGUCCAUGCCAGAGAACUGGAAGCUGGGCGGUGUGUAUAAGCUGCAGUACACGCAUCCUCUCUGCGAGGGCGGCUCUGCUGCUCUCACCUGUGUGCCUUUGGGAACCCUAAUCGUCAUAAAUGCUACACUAAAAAUCAACAAUGAGAUUAGAAGUGUGAAAAGAUUGCAGCUGCUGCCAGCAUCUUUUAUUUGCAAAGAGGAACUAGGGGAAAAUGUAGCCAAGAUAUACAAAGAUCUUCAGAAGCUCUCUCGUCUCUUCAAAGACCAGUUGGUGUAUCCGCUUCUGGCUUUUACCCGACAAGCAUUGAACCUACCAGAUGUGUUUGGGUUGAUAGUCCUUCCAUUGGAGCUGAAACUACGGAUCUUCCGACUUCUGGAUGUUCGUUCUGUCCUGUCUUUGUCUGCAGUUUGUCAUGACCUCUUCAUUGCUUCAAAUGACCCACUUCUGUGGAGGUGUUUAUAUCUGCGGGAUUUUCGAGAUAGUACUGUCAGAGCUCGAGACACAGAUUGGAAAGAACUAUACAAGAAGAGGCACAAACAAAGGAGAGAAGCUCAGAGAGCGCGGCAUGUGAUGUUCCUGCCGUCCUCACCCCACCCCAUUCCGUUCUAUCCCAACCCCUUGCACCCCAGGCCCUUUCCUCCCAGCUCUCUCCUUCCUCCAGGAAUUAUUGGUGGUGAAUAUGAUCAAAGACUAACACUUCCCUAUGUUGGGGACCCGAUCAAUUCACUCAUCCCUGGGCCCGGGGAGACACCCAGCCAGUUCCCUCCACUCAGACCACGUUUUGAUCCAAUUGGCCCACUUCCAGGACCUAACCCCAUCUUGCCAGGGCGAGGUGGCCCCAAUGACAGAUUUCCCUUAAGACCCAGCAGGGGUCGGUCAACUGACAGCCGGCUGCCAUUCAUGUAAUUGAUUUGUAAUCUCACUUCUGGAGCUUGUUUUGGUUUUGUGUUUUAAAACUACAGAUGUCAUCUUGUUGGGGUGCUGAUCUCUAGUGUUUUCUGAUUGUGGUGGUGAGAAAUGCACUCAGAGAAGCCUUUCAGUAGAUCUGUUUAAAGCUCCAGGGGUGCUAUGGCCCAAAGGUUACUGCAUGACAAGGUUGGCGGUGGGAAUAGUUGGCUACUGACUUCCCUCCUCCUCUAGAAUGAAGAUUGUUCACUGAUAAUGUUCUGUACCAGAUUAAAAAAAAUUAAGUGUAAAUUACAUGGCAGUCUUGACUUUUAUUACAGAAGGAUAUCUAA